CAUUAUUGCUAUCCAUCUGAGUCUAUUUCAUCGGCGACACAAAUACCAGAAAAGACAGAUAAAUUAUUGGAAGAUGCUACACUAAUGAUUGCUAAGCCUAAGAAUAUAGUAGGUAAAGAUCGAUUGAUGAAAUUUAAAGAAGGUGUGAAUCUACAAAGACUUGACAGAAUUUCAUAUGAACCUACUUUAAAUUGGAAUAAAGAUGUAGAUCCUAAUAAGGAUCUGCCUACCAAUUUUAUCCCUGCCGACAAGUCAACCAGUACCAGGCCACCAAAAGCUAAAAUCAACAAUAAGUUUAUUAACAAUAAGCCACCAGAAGCUAAAAUCAACAAUCAUUUUAUCAAAAAUAGGCCACCAGAAACUAAAAUCAAUAAUCAAUUUUUCAACAAGUCACCAGAAACUAAAAUCAAUAAUCAAUUUUUCAAGAAUAAGCCACCAGAAACUAAAAUCAAUAAUCAAUUUAUCAACAAUAAACAACCUGAAGCUAAAUUCAAUAAUCAAUUUUUCAACAAUAAACCACCUGAAGCUAGAUUCAAUAAUCAAUUUAUCUACAACAAGUCACCAGAAACUAAAAUCAAUAAUCAAUUUUUCAACAACAAGUCACCAGAAACUAAAAUCAAUAAUCAAUUUUUCAACAAUAAGCCACCUGAAGCUAAAAUCAACAAUCAAUUUAUCAACAAUAGAACUAUCAAUAAUCAACCUAAGUAUAAUACUACAAAGCAUAAAUAUUCCUCGUUAACAAUAAAUUACACAAUCAAUUCUCCAAUUAAUCGUACCACAAUAAAAAACACAGUUGAAAUUCCUGAAAUAACAACGUUAGAGGAGCUACUUUCUUGCAUAAACAAACAAGUUAUCAACUCUUCUUUUAAUAAUAUCUCUGAAGGUAUUCCGAGAAAGUUUUACUACGAAAAUAAUUUUAAUCAAAAAAUUAUGAUAGUUGAUGAAGAAGAUUGGAAGAUUGCUAAAUGGGAAAGAAAGAAAUCCG